UCACAACUUCCGGUCCGGUCGUCUUUCCCGUCGUAAGGCUCCUCCUGUGCUGGGCGAGCGAGCCGCGAAGGUUCCGGAGCAGGAUUGGGUGUGCGGCGUUCGCCUUCUCUUUGGCACUCGACCGAAGUGACCCAAGCCCCACAGGGGAGACCGGAGCCAAUCAUUUUUGCUCAAGUAUCUGGGAACGGUUUCUUCUUGCGCCCUACAAGACAUCCUGGGACUUUUGGUUUUGCCUCGGGGAGCGGACUCUCCGAACCUGACAGCUGACGGAAGUGAGGCUGCGGGGGAAUGGCAGCCGCGGCGACCAUGGCGGCGGCUGCUCGGGAGCUGGUGUUGCGGGCCGGGGCCUCAGAUAUGGAGGAGGAGGAGGGCCCGCUGGGGGGUGCCUCUGGACUCCAAGAGCCCCUGCAACUUGGGGAGUUGGAUAUCACCUCCGAUGAAUUCAUCCUGGAUGAGGUGGAUGUUCACAUCCAGGCAAAUCUGGAGGAUGAACUGGUGAAGGAGGCUCUCAGAACGGGUGUGGAUCUGCGACACUAUUCGAAGCAAGUAGAGCUGGAGCUGCAGCAGAUUGAGCAGAAAUCGAUCCGGGACUACAUCCAAGAGAGUGAGAACAUAGCGUCUCUGCACAAUCAGAUCACAGCCUGUGAUGCUGUCCUGGAGCGCAUGGAGCAGAUGUUGGGAGCUUUUCAGAGUGACCUCAGCUCCAUCAGCUCUGAGAUCCGGACCCUGCAGGAGCAGUCAGGGGCCAUGAACAUCCGACUUCGUAACCGACAGGCAGUUCGGGGGAGACUUGGGGAACUUGUAGAUGGGCUAGUGGUGCCCUCCACUCUGGUCACAGCAAUUCUGGAAGCUCCAGUGACAGAGGCCAGGUUCCUGGAGCAGCUGCAGGAGCUGGACGCCAAGGCAGCCGCAGUCAGGGAGCAGGAGGCCAGAGGCACAGCUGCCUGUGCAGACGUCAGAGGCGUGCUGGACCGGCUCCGGGUCAAGGCAGUGACAAAGAUCCGCGAGUUCAUCCUCCAGAAGAUUUAUUCGUUCAGAAAGCCCAUGACCAACUAUCAGAUCCCCCAGACAGCCCUGCUGAAGUACAGGUUUUUCUAUCAGUUUCUGUUGGGCAACGAGCGAGCAACAGCCAAGGAGAUCAGGGAUGAAUACGUGGAGACGCUGAGCAAGAUCUACCUGUCUUAUUUCCGCUCCUACCUGGGGCGGCUCAUGAAAGUGCAGUACGAGGAAGUUGCCGAGAAAGACGAUCUAAUGGGUGUGGAAGACACAGCAAAGAAAGGAUUCUUCUCGAAGCCGUCCCUCCGAAGCAGGAACACCAUCUUCACCCUGGGGACCCGGGGUGCUGUCAUCUCCCCCACUGAACUCGAGGCCCCCAUCCUGGUGCCCCACACUGCCCAGCGUGGAGAGCAGAGGUAUCCGUUCGAGGCUCUCUUCCGCAGUCAGCACUACGCCCUCCUCGACAAUUCCUGCCGUGAAUAUCUUUUCAUCUGUGAAUUCUUUGUCGUAUCUGGCCCAGCUGCUCAUGACCUGUUCCAUGCUGUCAUGGGCCGCACACUCGCCAUGACUCUGAAACACCUGGAGUCCUACCUGGCCGACUGCUACGACGCCAUUGCUGUUUUCCUCUGUAUCCACAUCGUUCUCCGAUUCCGCAACAUCGCAGCCAAGAGGGAUGUCCCUGCCCUGGACAGGUACUGGGAGCAGGUGCUUGCCUUGCUGUGGCCUCGCUUUGAGCUGAUCCUGGAGAUGAAUGUCCAGAGUGUCCGCAGCACCGACCCCCAGCGCCUUGGGGGCCUGGACACUCGGCCCCACUAUAUCACACGCCGCUAUGCUGAGUUCUCCUCUGCACUUGUGAGCAUCAACCAGAAUCCCAAUGAGCGCACCCUGCAGCUGCUGGGACAGUUACAGGUGGAGGUGGAGAAUUUUGUCCUCCGAGUGGCUGCAGAGUUCUCCUCCAGGAAGGAGCAGCUUGUGUUUCUGAUCAACAACUACGACAUGAUGCUGGGUGUGCUGAUGGAGCGGGCAGCUGAGGACAGCAAGGAGGUGGAGAGCUUCCAGCAGCUGCUCAAUGCUCGCACACAGGAAUUCAUUGAAGAGCUGCUGUCUCCCCCCUUCGGGGGUCUGGUGGCCUUUGUGAAGGAGGCUGAAGGUUUGAUUGAGCGAGGACAGGCCGACCGACUUCGAGGGGAAGAAGCCCGAGUCACUCAGCUGAUCCGGGGCUUUGGGAGUUCCUGGAAGGCCUCCGUGGAGUCUCUGAGUCAGGAUGUCAUGCGGAGUUUCACUAACUUCCGAAAUGGAACCAGCAUCAUCCAGGGGGCGCUGACCCAGCUGAUCCAGCUCUACCACCGCUUCCACCGGGUGCUGGCACAGCCGCAGCUCCGGGCGCUGCCAGCCAGGGCGGAGCUCAUCAACAUUCAUCACCUCAUGGUGGAGCUCAAGAAACACAAGCCCAACUUCUGACUCGUUCCCCGGGGUGGCGGCUCCCAUGCGCUCUGAAUGUCACACACUGACACUGGGACCUGAGGGCUCCCACGGACUCUGCAUGUCACACUCCGUCCCCUGGGUCCCCUUCCCCUUCCUGUUGUCUCUCAGGCUCCCACACUCCUCACCGCCUCCGCUGCAGGAUUCUGCCUCAGCAGAGUGUGCAAGUCUGCUCCUCCCUGGACUGGGAGGGGACGUUAUCAUUCCUGUCCCUGUCCCUCCUCCCCUGUGUGUUCACACCUGUGAAAGCUCCCCCACCUCAGUCUCUGAUGGACUCUCAAUCUUAGGACAGGGCAGUGGAGGCCGCCUUCCCUCUCUUGUAGCUUGGUCAUCUUCGGUCUCCACUUGAACACUAACCCAUCACCUCCUGGCUGGGGUUCAGGCUGUCUGUCUGUCUGUCUGUAGGCAAUAAUAAGCACUUAAUGUACUGUGA